AUGACAAAAGUGUUGAGAUUCACGUGCUUAGCAGCAAUCUUUCUAGUAGAUGCUGUACUUGCGGCUAACGUAUACGGAGGUGAAGACACUUCCUCUGGAACGCUAGCCCAAUUUCUGCGAGAAAUACUUGAUACUGAAAAGCGUGGAACCUCGGGACGCUGGGAUGUCAAAUGCACGUGGAUGUCACCGAAUAGCGAUAAAGAAUUUCUGCUAAAGACAGAUGCAGAUAAACACAGUAUAAGCUUCAAAGAAAAAGAACAUUUCAUCAACUACCACAAUGUACAUCGAGCAAAAACUAGACGCUCGGCAGCGAAUAUGAACUACAUCAUUUGGGACCCAGAGCUUGCCGAACUGGCCCAGGUCUGGGCAGAUAAAUGUGUCUAUAAACACGGACAGCCGGGUGAGACCCUAGCCAAACAGGGAAGAGACCCCAACGAGUUCAUUGGACAGAAUAUGCAAGCCUGGUCGUGGAGCUUCGAUGAAGAACGAAGUAUGUACAGCUGGUGGGAAGAGAUCAAUUACUAUAAUUACUACUCGCAGAAAUGUGAAGGCAUGCAAUGUGGACAUUACACACAGUUUGCAUGGGCUGGGACGGAUCGUAUGGGAUGUGGCAUAUCAUAUUGCGAACGCCUCAAAAAUGCAUUUCCCGAUUAUGAAAUCCAUUGGUACUAUGUUGUUUGCAACUACUUACCAGGGCAUUGGCAGAACAAGAAGAUUUUCAAGGAGGGUCCGAAGUGUUCGCAAUGUCCAUCCGACAAGAGCCAAUGUGAUAACGGGCUUUGCAGAUCUCCGCAGAAGUGUCCCAGCAACUACGUAUGUCAAAACGGAGGUACUCUGCUACCUAACACUGGGUGUAUCUGUCACUGUCCCAAGGAGUACACAGGCGAUUCCUGUGAGACACCAACAGGAGUGGUUUUCCAAUGCGACUUUGAAGAGGAUGACUGUGGGUUCUCAAACGAUCUAAAGGCUGACUUUACAUGGACGAAGAAUACAGGAGGAACCCCUGAUGGUCAAACAGGACCAGCUGGUGACCAUACCACUGGGGGACGAGACACAGGUUACUAUAUGUACACCGAUGGAAGCAAGAAAAAGCCAGGUCAGAAAGCGCGCUUGAUUUCUCCUACGUUUGACGUCAGUUCCGGGUCAAGUGUUGAGUUCUUUUGGAACAUGUGUGGUGCAGGUAUAGGAUCACUAAACGUGUAUUCUCAGAAAGAUGGUCGUGAAUCUCUGCUUUGGUCAAUUAGUGGUGAGCAAUCCUUCCAUUGGAAUACGACGGCUGUGCCUCUAAACCCUGGUCGACAGAGUAUCGUAUUUGAAGGUGAACUAGGUCCUAAACCAUGGAGCUCUGACAUGGCAAUUGACGACAUUGCCAUCAAAGGGAAAGUCACAAAACAACUCCCUAAGCCUAACUUACCAACGCCUCCAAAUGGUGGAGGUGGAGAUUUUAUCAACAUUCCCAUUGACUCUGGAAAGGUAAAGGAUCCCAUUGCAGUGGAGAAACCAGUCAAAGUACCCCUAUCAUCAAUUUCGUGGUCAAUACACCCAGACAAGCUUUUGUCUGGAAAAAAUGACAGAGAAAUAACUGGCGUUACUAGGGAGCAAUGCAUGGAUGAAUGUAGAAAGGAUGCAAGCUGUAAGUCCCUUGACUACUCGGGGUUUAUUUGUAUAUUGAGCAAAUCAACUGCCAAGGACGCGCAGCUGAAAUCGGUUUCUGGUUGGGUGUACAUGGAGAAAGGGGCAGAUGAAUCAGUAGCAGAAGAGUCAUUUAAUAGUGAUGACGACAGCAAAACUCCGACAUCCACCGGCAGUUACUCUGAACGAAAAGGAUACCUAUUACCGGGUCACAACUCUGAAGAACUACGAGGUGUGACUUCCAAGGAAAAAUGUACUGAGCUGUGUGAUAGUAAAUCUGAUUGCAAAUCAGUAGACUAUUCAUCUAAACUAGAGUUGUGCAUCAUCAGCACAUCGACAGCUGGGAGAGAUUUUUCUUUGCUUAAGGUGGCAGGGUGGACUUAUAUGGAGAAGUCAGCUAUUUCAGCUCCUUCUACCCCAUCAAUCCGAAGAAAAUACAAAUAUGAAGAUGGAAAACUACUACCAGGUCACAACUCAAAAGAAUUGCGAGGCGUCGCUACGAAGGAAAAAUGUACAGAGCUGUGUGAUAGCAGGCCUGAGUGUAAAUCAGUGGAUUACUCAUCCAAACUAGAACUGUGCAUCAUCAGCACAUCAACUGCUGGAAGGGGUUUUUCAUUGAUAAAUGUAGCGGGAUGGAUUUAUAUGGAGAAAUCAGAAGAGCCCAACUCCGACGGAGGAAAACCAUCCAACCCAGAAACAGGUACCUCCCCUGUCCAACAAUUCACAAAGCAUGCUGGGAAGUAUAUGGCUGGGGAAAAUGACCGUGUUCGCAGUGGGAAAACAGUAGAACAGUGUCUCCAAGACUGUCUGAACUGGGCUGACUGUAAGGCAGUUGACUAUCAGAAUAGCGGUAAUGUAUGCAUCCAGACAGCAACCCCAAGGAGUAAGGCAACUAUAAGGUCCGACUCCAGUCGUGACUGGGACUUUUAUGAGAGAACAGGAGGGUCUUCCAGUGACAGUAGUGUUAAGGCAGACGUAGAUAAAGACACAAACACUGAGACAGACACUGACACACCAUCAUCAGGGAAUGGUGUGUCAGAUUUUACCACAGAGAAAGGGAAAUACCUCCCAGGAAACAACAAGGAUGAACUCAAAGGACUGACUGAAAAGGAGUGUAUUGAAAAAUGUGCCCAGAAGAGCUGGUGCAUGUCCGCAGAUUACAUGGCAAAACGUAAAGUCUGUAUUCUCAGCGAAUCCUCAAGAAAGAUGGGAGCUUCUCUCAUCAGUAGUGCGGAUUGGACCUAUCACGAAAGACAAGAUAAAAAACGAGAAGUACUGAAAAGAUUGCUAGAUUUACUAGAAAAUAGAUCUGAAUGAGAUCGUCCACUUUCACUGAGAUCUGCUGAACAUCUGUACAAAUCAUAACUACUUAAGAACCACAGUGAUCGAGAGAAAAUCCUCAAUGGGCAAGGACUGAUGACUGUGAAAGUCGAUUAGGACUCAUCUUUAUGAAGUUCCAGAGAAAUGACCUUAUCAUCUUCACCUUCCAUGUAUAAUCAAGAGGAUCGCCUUUAUGCUUUGACGCUUCUGUAUGGAAUCACUUUGAUUGUGUAAUCUAUUGGCAGACGGAAUAUAUACAUUUUAUUUUAUGAUGUAACUAUAAAAUAUGAACCAUGGGCAUUCUUCUAGAGUUGGAAGCAGUGGACAGAGAAUCAAAGACCAAACAGCAUUGCAUUACAUUUAAGGAUUUUUUCUACGCUGCAUAAUCAAAUAAGAAUACAGCCUAAUCAAAUUGCUUUAUUGUUUUGUUUUAUUUUACUGUAAUACUUCUCGAAUCAUGAUUUCAGUCAAAAUAUGGUCAAGUAUGAAAUCUAACGUCCAAAGCAGUCCAAUAUCUUCCAAUUGACACCAAUAUUAAUACAAUAUGAUAAAAUACAUGACAGAUAUAUCAAUAA